CAAUAUAUCUUUUAUACUCAUUCAGUGUGCAGUCCCAUUCAAUAUUUCUGCAUGCCAUUCAUGCGCUUUUCUGGGGUGCUUAUCACAAUGGUACCUGAGUGCUUCACAAACGUUAAUUUACUUGUCUUCACAAAACCGAAUACUCAUACUUCACUAGACUGAAAUAAGACAAACCCCACUGUUUGUUCAAAGUGCUUGACACAAAUAGUGAUUAAAUAUAUAUGUGUACACACUUAUUUCUCCCUUUAUAGAGCCUCAGAGGAUGUGCAAAUUUCUUAAAACAACCCAAUAAACUCUGUACUCGGCCAAACAUGAAUACAAUUGAACUUUAGCACCUUGCUCUGGGCUGUUUUCAUGCCACCACUUCAUGGAAUGAUCUCCCUAUUUUUUGCCAAGUUACUACAUUCUCCUUAAUCACAUCCCUCUUAAAAAUUCAAUUUUUUCAUCAUUUCCAGAAAACAUUAUAAUAUAUAAAUAUAGUAAUAUAUUGUAAGCUAUGGAGGUGGCAUUAUCCCUAUUGUAGGGCAGGUGAUGAACUAAGGCAUAGAGAAGUUGCAGCCAAAAUUGUCAGGUGUUCACUAAAAUCAGGAGACUUGAUUUCUCAGAGUAGGUAGCAUUUUUAUAGCAUUUCAUAUAUUCAACUGCAGCUCUAAUUGACUUUGUGAGUGCUCAGCUCUUCUGCAAAUCUGACUCUAUGUGUCUCAAGUUGGGAACUUUGAAAUAAGGGACACAAUUUGCAGCCACCUGUGAAUAUGUUGGUUUAAGUGACUUGUCAGCAUUACGUAAGAACUCCAUGGCAGAAGCUGAAAUACAAUUCAGUUCUCCAAGAUGAUAUUUAACUGCUUAAACCUCAAAACCCUCCUUUCUCUUCCUUACAGUCCUUCCUCAUUCACUACACACUUCCUAACUUCUGCAGCAAAUGAGAUGGGUCCUGCAGACGACAGCUUCAUUCACUGCACAAUCCGGAUUCAUUCCCUGAACACAAUUUAGUGUGGGGUGAAUGAGUUAGGGGUCUUGUGGGAAAAAUAGCAUGUGAUCCUGUAAUUACAGACAAGAUGCACAAGGGGAUACGUUACAGUUGCAUGGAAAACCUUAACUCUAGCAUGUCCUCCCUUUUGAGUGCUUGACUUUGGAACAUUAACUUACUUUUAAAAUAGAUUUUUGCAUGUUAUUUCCUAUUUCAAAACAAAACAGAAAAACCAGAACCAUAUUGACCUAGCUUAUAUCAAUAGCAGGGUUGGAACUUUUAGGUACAUGGCACAGGUCUCUACCAUUUGAGCUAAUGAAGUAACUGGUGGCAGUAGCAGGCUUUUCUCCUGUGUGGAUCAUCCACUAGAGGGAGAUGACACUUGCCAGUGGGUUUCACAGCUGUUUGCUAGGCAGCAGUGGAGUAUUUAGACUCAGGAAUCCUGGAUUCUGUUCCAGAUUCUGGAAGUGAGUGUGCUUUUGCUGUUACAGACUCUUCUUUCCCUGCCUGUCCUAUGCUGCCCCUGUGAAGCCUGUCUCUGUGCCUCCCCUUCUCCCCCUAAAUUCCAGUAAGGCAUCAUCCUUUUCCUCCUGGGUGCUAGCAGGGGGACCAUUGAGAGUAUAGAUGAGAGAGUCUCCUUGCUGUGAGUUCCACUGCCCAACAUCUGGGUGCUGAGAGCAACAAUGGCUGGACAAGUCCUGCUCAGCUCCUGGAUCCCUGGACUGGAACAGGCUCAAUCACUCUGGGGAUGUUGCCUGCUCAGUCUGGUUGCCCCAAAGGAGCUAUGGGGGUGGAGAGUGCUCACUAGAGAUAGAAUCUUACCUGAUAAUUUACCUGCUAAAUGCUAAUACAUCUCUACUGAGCAUGUGCAAACUCUGAUUUUUCAGAGACAUAUAAAGUGGCCAAAUUUGGGUGAACUGUCCUAGGGGCAGAGUUAGCAAGUCUACUAAAUUACAUGAAAGCAAAACUAUAAAGACUGUAAUUGUACUGUGAAAUACUGUACGUAUUGCUAUAUCCUGCAUUCAGAAAUGGAAUGACAUCACAUGCUGGAGUCUGUUAUUGUGCUAAUAAAAUUAGUAACCUUCAAUUUUUGUAUUGAGUUCUAACUCACAGGUAUUCUUAUAAUUAUGAUUUUGUAUCAUUGGUAAUCAGUUAGUUUCUUCCUCAGUCCUCUUAUUUGCUGGUGAUUAUGUACGUGGGCAUAUAUAGUAGGUAAUGAGUUCUUAUAUUUUUCUAUUCAUGUAAUGGUAAGGUCUUGACAAGUAAAGUAACUGUUAACCCAAAAAAUGUUCCUGUAUGAGCUAGUCAGAUUUGCAUUUCUAACACACAAACUUUAAUGUGGAAUUUCUGCACAGAUUAAAGGUAAUUCCCAUAUUACUUUAGUUUUGAAUCCUUCUAGAAAGAUACCAUACAAAUUAAUUAAACUAGUCAUUUUUUGAUGUGUUCAACGAGGGCAACGUUCACUAUAAAGCCUAGGUGUAAAUGGACUUUGUUUAGGAAUCAAAGUGAUGUUUAUUCAGGCCUAUGCACUGGAAUAGCAGCUGCUGCCUUUUUAUACCCAUAAUGCAGCCAUUCCAAACAACUCGGUCUACUCUCCCUUCUGUGCCAUCAUCUUUGGAGCAAGAACGAAACUCCUCUAACCAGUCUGUGUCUCAUUGCUCUGCACCAACACCAUGCAUGGGUUUCAAGGGACCAGGGACUUUUCCUGUAAAUUACUCAAGCAGAGAUACGCCAAAGCAAUAUCGUUUUCUUCUAAACAAGGACUUGUUGUGGGUUCAGUUCUCAGGAUUCCACACUGAUUUACACCAUCAUAAGGACAAUUCUUUGGUAUCCAUUUCAGAUGAACCGGACACAUUAUACAGGAAAUUAUCAGUUUUAGUUAAAGGCCAUGAUAAAACUGUGUUGGACAGUUACGAAUAUUUUGCAGUGCUUGCUGCUAAAGAACUUGGCAUCUCCAUUGAAAAAGUACAUGAACCUCCCAGGAAGAUAGAACGAUUCACCCUUCUGAAGUCAAUACACAUUUUCAAGAAGCACAGAGUUCAGUAUGAAAUGAGGACACAUUAUAGAUGCUUGGAGUUAAAACAUUUAACUGGCAGUACAGCUGAUGUCUAUUUGGAAUACAUCCAAAGAAAUUUACCUGAAGGGGUUGCCAUGGAAAUAAAAAAGACCAAAUUAGAGAAACUACCAGAACAUAUUCAGAAGCCAGUUUGGGACAAGCUACCUUCAGUAGAAGAAACUGCAAGCACGUCAUGAAUUCUUCAUGUACUAAAGCUCUUCCACAUCUGUUAGCAACGGAAGCUCAUCCUGUGCCUGUUAACAUUUUAAACACAGCAUCUUCUCACAGGAGUUACUCUCUAUCCAACCUCAAACCCUGUCUUAAUUUUACAAACAAUACUUAGAAAUUAUGAUGAGACAGGUCAUUUGCUACGCUAAUUAUCAGUGAGUGUGGAUCCCAGCUCCAGGCAAUUAGCAGAAAGACUGGACUGCUGUGAAAAUGUUUUGUCUCUGUUUUUCUCUUUUCAAAGUCCUGUGUGGCCAAAACUUUAUAAAUUUACAUGAACAGAUCAUGAUGUACAGUAAUGGUUUAUUUGUGCAUAAGCACCACAGGACUUGUGAAUUUACUGUCACUGAGGUUGCUAUUUGAAGCACAUAUCUCAGAGCUCUUAUGUGACCUAUUACAUUUUAUUUAAAAUAUUUUUUGCUGGGGAGUCUCCUGAAAAAGGUUACAUUUAUCUUCUCUUGUUAUACUUGGCAAUUUGACAGUAAAAGCACAUUGACGAGAA